CGUGAAAAAACAGCCAUCUCGAUGUGCGGAGGCGCAGCAGGUAAACAACAAUUUGUGGGCUCUCGGGGAAAAAAAAGUUCCGAAUUGAGAUCGAUAAUUUGUCGUGAAAAUUAGCAUCCUUUGCGAACUAAUUAUCCGCGUAAACGGUAGCUAAAGGGAAGACCUGUGAAAGUGUAACCCAAAGUUUCCGGCUAAACUUGAACAGAAACAUCCGAGCAGCAAAAAUGAUGGAAGUGGACAUCGGCUACGACUCGAACGAGUACAGCAAUGCCGGAUCCGUGCCGCUGGUGAACGGAUUCGUGAAGGCUUGCUCCAACAAUCUGCCUUCGGUGAGCAGCGAAAUGGUGUGGAACUAUGUGGUCCAGCUGAUGAGAACGGCUUCGGAGAAUCCGGACGUGGUAAAAAUUCUUCAAGCGGUCGCCUCCAGUAAACCGGAUCACUCGGACGAUUCCGUUUGCUAUGUGCAGCUCAAGCGGGACGAACGGCUCUGCGCCGUCAAGGGUCAAAUCGUGGCCGGCAACGUGAACGAUAACAAAAUCUACCAGCUGACGACGAUCGUUGACGAGCAGGAGGAAAAGAUCCUUUCAGCAGAAUGUAGCGAAUGUUACGAAAGCGGUGAUUGUCGACAUCUGAUCAGUUUCCUCACCUGGUUGCAUCGGAAAAGUGAGGGCGAUGAUAGCGCCGAAGUUGUGUGCUAUUUUCGUGGGCCUCUUACCCUGGAGCUGGCCAACAUUCCCACAAAACCAAUGCAGAACAAGACUAAGGCGAAAAAUUUUAUCCGAGAAAUAGUACGAAUUCUUCAGACUGAGGACAUUGAUUGUCCGCUAAGGUGGAACUUUUCCUCUGCCAACAAGAAAUUUUCCAAUCUGUCGAUACACGAAAUGAUUAUGACUGCAGUGAAAAACAAAUUCGAUACGGCACAAUUUUUCGAGCACGCUCACUCAAUCAUAUCCUCAUCGCAGGCGGUGUUGGCCGAUAAAACUAAAUUUACACCCAAGUUCAAUUCCUGGUUCUUGGAGCUGCGAUACGCGCGAAUUACCAGCGCAAAAGUGUCCGACUGCAUAAACCUGAACGUGAUUCAGUCCGUCCUGUACGAAACGAUUCUCGGCUGCCACAAGGAAAUGGAUCCGAACAUCCAGAGGAAAAAGUUAGCUGUCCGUUCCCGGCUGGAGAAGUACACCAAAACCAAGUACGAAAAUUGCAAAAUUGCCCUCAAUGCCAGCUACCCGAUCAUUUUCGACGUUCCCGAUGGCAUCUGCCAGUCGCACGUGAUCGAAAUCAAGUGCCCAAAAUCGCGGGACCACAUGCAGAAGUACGUGACCGAAAAUGGUUCCAUCUGCGAGAAAUACUACAUGGAAAUUCAGAUCCACAUGUUCAUGCACGGGAAAUCGGCCGGCGUAGUUUGUGUGGCCGAUCCGGACUUCGACAACAACAACGAAAUCUACAUGCACUCGUUCAAUCUCAACCGAAACUUUGCCGUCAACAAGCUGAACAAAGCCAUGGACUACUGGAAGAACAUCGUGUACCCGGAACUGAUCAACAGUUGGUCGGAGUAAGGGAUUUCGGAUUCGGAAAAAAAUCUGCUAAACACAUUUUAUGUUGAUUUUUUUUCUUUUCGAGUGGGACAAUUUACACAUUUAUUCUUCCUUCGUUUGAUCUAAGUUGUAUUUGCUCUUAGCUUAGUAAGGACAAUAAAUAUAGGCAACCCCCAAUGUGUAUUUAGUUUUUAAUCCAAAAAAGUGAUUAAAAAUGACAUACCUUAAAA